AUGUUAUCUUCAUCGGAAUCUACAUUAUCACCAUUUGAAAGAGUGAAGGCUAGUUGUGCCAAGGUUGCUGAACAUGCCAAACAUGUCAAAUACAACAAGGAUGAGGCUACUAAAUUCAUUGAAAAUUACAUCAUGCCAAAUUUGACUGAUAUCAAAGAAAAGACUUCGAAAAAGUCAGCCUUGCCUUUCCAAUUUGAUGAUGUUGAUCAUGAGGCUAAUUAUCGUUGUUUGUAUGGCUUGUUACAAUUUGGAUCAGGAUUUAGAAAAUUAUUACAUCAAAAGUUACAAAAGGGAGCUGGUGAAACAAUUCAAACUGGUUUGAUUAAUUGUUUCCUUUCCGAAGAUAUUACCAUUGCAAAGCUUGGAGUUGAAAUGAUGGAAGUUGUUUCUGAUAAUUACUUUUCAAUUGAACAACAUUUUGGAAUUGCUUCAAAGGAAGAAGUUUCACAUGAAAAGUAUGCUGUUAUUAAAGUAAGCCAAGACAGUGCAUUGAAACCAUUUGCUGAAGGCAUUAGAAAGGUUUUGAGUGAAACUGCAAGAAGAUUGAGGGAGAGAAACUCUGACUCUUUUUCAAUGUUUGUUAGAAAAGUGAUUGCCGAAUAUGAAAGAAGAAAGCAGAAUGAAGAAAAGUAUCAAGAUGUUAAGGGUAUUGGAAAGGCAGCCUAUUUAGUCAAUGAGCUAGUAAAUGUAUUUCCCCAAGCACUAGAUGAUUGUGCUAAUUAUGAAACUGAGAAUGGAGAAUUGUUUAAGGUGUAUCUCUAUAAGAAGGCUCAAUUGAUAGUAGGCGAACUUUACUUGCAUUUACACGAGGAAGACUCAACAUUUGAUUUUGAUGACAUUGGCCAAAUGACUAUUUUUGUAGAUAAUGUAAUUCCUGCCACUUUGGUCAAGUCGAACAUUUUACAAAUCGUAGAUGAGAGUGUAAAGAGCAAGAUUGAAACCAACCAAGUUUUAAAGCACGGCUCAAAGCCAGAGGUGGAACUUAGAGCUCUUUCAGUAUUUGCCUGUGAAGAAUUAAUUAAGAUUGCAAACAGUGAACCUUACAAUGCCAAUAUUAACACUCUUCAUAUCGAUUAUUUCUUGUGGGGAGAUCUUGGUAAGAGAGAGGAUUUUAGAUCAUUCGAGAGACAUGCAACACAAGAUACAGUUUUCUAUUAGAGAGUAAAGACUCAAACUUUUGUUUAACAAUUUCUGAGGGCUGUAUUUACGGAACUGCUAUUCUGUGUUUAUCAUUUCCUGUACUAAUAGGGAUGCCUAAGUUUUAGAUUAGGUAGGUCAUUUUGCCCAUUUGGAAAUAUUGUCCAGCAUGUUAUUAUCAAGUUACAAUUUAUUCAAUGUUUGUCUUUCGAAUAUUGGGGCUUUCAAGAGAUUGUUAAAAGGAGAGUUUUCAUCCAGCAACAAAUCAGUUAUUGACUCAUAAUCUAAUGAGAGCAUAAAUCCAGAAGAGCAAUUUGAAGGAGAGGAACUAGUUUGCUGUGUUGCAAUGGAAUUAGUUUGAUUGGAAAUGAUAAUAAUAUUCGAUUGUAGGGAGGUAAAUGAAACAGACUUGUUCUGAAUCACAGAAUUUGUUGAAUUAGAGGACGAAUGAUGAGAGAAAAUAGUGGAAAUAUCACUAGAUGCAGUCGAUGCAAUUGGAGAGGAACAUGUUAAAUCAACACAUGUAUUGCUCUUCAAUUUCUUUCUCUUACUAUGAUGCAUGUAGGAUGCCACAUGAAAAUGAGAGGAACAUUGAUGAAUGGCUCUUC